UCAAUUUACAAGCCCCCUUUUCCUCUUCGGGACGUGCAAGCUGUUCAGAGAAAAUAUUCGCCAAGAUGGGAUUCUGCGAAGAGCCGAAGCAGAGGGAAACGGGGACGGAGAAGAGUCCUGCGGUGGAAGAAACUAAGAAGUUCGGUCUGUUCUGUGAUGAGCGCGGAUAUCUGAUCCUGGUGGAGUACAUCCUGCAGCACGGCAGCAGGAAAGGAGACCGAACCGGGACCGGGGUCAUCUCUGUGUUCGGAGCUCAGGCCAGAUACAGCCUCCGAGAUCAGUUUCCUUUGCUCACGACCAAGAAAGUGUUCUGGAGAGGGAUCCUGGAGGAACUGUUGUGGUUCAUCAAGGGAUCUACCAACGCCAAGGACCUGUCAGAGAAAGGCGUGAAGAUAUGGGAGGCAAACGGAUCCCGCGCCUUCCUGGACAAGCAGGGUUUCACGGACAGAGAGGAGGGCGACCUGGGGCCGGUGUACGGCUUCCAGUGGAGGCACUUCGGUGCAGAGUACACCAACAUGCACGCAGAUUACUCAGGCCAAGGUGUUGACCAGCUGCAGAACAUCAUCGAAACCAUCAAGAAAAACCCGGAGGACCGGCGGAUCAUCAUGUGUGCCUGGAACCCAAAAGACCUGCCCCACAUGGCUCUGCCCCCCUGCCACGCCCUCUGCCAGUUCUACGUGUGUGAUGGCGAGCUGUCCUGCCAGCUGUACCAGCGCUCCGGAGACAUGGGCCUGGGUGUGCCCUUCAACAUCGCCAGCUACGCUCUCCUCACCUACAUGAUCGCGCACGUCACGGGCCUCAAGCCGGGAGACUUUGUUCACACCCUGGGAGACGCUCACAUCUACAUCAACCACAUUGAACCUCUGAAAGAGCAGCUUAAGAGAGAAGUUCGGCCGUUCCCCAAACUGAAGAUCCUGAGACAAGUUGAGAGCAUCGACGACUUUCGAGUGGAGGACUUUGAGAUCUGCGACUACAACCCACAUCCCACUAUUAAGAUGCAGAUGGCUGUCUGAAACCUUGUCACUGAUUUUUAUAGAUUUUUUUUUUCUUAUUCUUUUUUUAGUUCUUUAUAUUCUCUUUUGGUAAAUUUUUGCAUGUUUAAUUUGCACAUGUUCCAGAAAGUUCAGACUUUUAAAAUGUCUGUAGUUUUAUAUAUUUAUGAGUGUAUAAAUUUGAAUCACUUGAAAAUAUUUCUGGCGUCAGCUGGUGUUUUCCAGAUAUUUCAUCUGAAGCUCUUCCAAGUUCAGCUUAUUCCUACAGUGUUACAGGCAGAGCAGUGGACUGACGUCUCGAACGUCAGAUGGUGACUGGACUGUGAAGAAACACCC